AUGGCAGUGAGCGGGAGGCGGAACAUGCUGGCGCAGACGCUGGCUUCGCGGAGGCUCCCGGAGGGCGUGGCGGAGCCCGGUGAGCGGGUGCCCGACGCCCUUGCCCCCGAGGUCAUGCCAUUCAUCCGCGCCGCCGACGAGGUCGAGCCGUUCAACCCGCGGGUCGCCUUCCUAUGUCGAAAAUAUGCCUACAAGAAAGUUCAAAGAAUGGAUCCAUCAUCUAUCCAACGUGGAGUUCGGCAGUUCAAAACAUACAUGUCACUUAAGCUAGAUCAGGAUGAUACACAAUUUCUUGUCAAUGAUGCAAAGGAGAUUCAACGAUUUUAUAAGCACUACUGUGAUAAUUUAAUCAGAACUUCCCAAAGAACAAACUUUGACGAAUUGGCUAGAUAUUACCAAGUGGCAUCUGCUCUUUAUGAAGUGUUAAAAGAUGUUACAAACAACAAAGUUGAUUCUGAGGUGAUGAAGUGUGCUAAAGUGGUUGAGGAAAAGAGUGGUCAUUUCAGGAGUUACAAGUACAACAUAGUCCCCCUCAAUUUUCCUGGUUCUUCCGAAGCAGUUCUGGAACUCCCGGAGAUAAAAAGUUCUAUUGAUGCAAUACGGAACACAGAUGGUCUUCAAAAGCCGCACAUGUCUUCAAUUCACAGGGAAGGAAAAUCUAUCCGGGAUUUACUUGACUGGCUUUCACUAGCAUUUGGAUUUCAGAACUCGAAUGUGCAAAAUCAGAGAGAAAACAUGAUUUUACUGCUUGCAAAUAUUAGCACAAGGACUUCAGGACAGGAAGGGCUUCCUUUGGUUGACACUGUGAAUGAUUUGGGGGAAAAGAUAUUUGGAAAUUAUGAAUCAUGGUGUAACUAUUUGCAUCUUAGUUCAAGAAUCAUGAUCAAUUAUGAUGGUGCACUAAAGAAGCAGCAGCUAAUGCUUCUCCACAUUGGAUUGUACCUUCUUAUCUGGGGCGAGGCUUCAAAUGUUCGGUUUAUGCCUGAGUGCUUAUGCUACAUAUUCCACCAUAUGGCAAAUCAGUUGAAUGAAAUGGUUGAGGAAAACUAUUUUCAGCCACCACCUGGGUUUGAAGAAGAGGGAUCAUUUCUAAAAGUUGUCAUUGAACCUAUCUACAAGGUUCUGCAGAAAGAAUCACAAAGAAGUAAAGGUGGUACAGCUGGUCACUCAGCUUGGAGAAAUUAUGACGACUUGAACGAACAAUUUUGGUCAGAGAAAUGUUUUAUGAAGCUUGGCUGGCCAUGGGAUCUCAGAGCAGACUUCUUUCAUCAGGCGGGUCGUACAACAAGAAAGCCAAAAACAAAUUUUGUUGAAGUCCGUACGUUUCUGCACCUGUUUAGAAGUUUUAAUCGUAUGUGGGUGUUUUUAUACUGGCGUUCCAGGCAAUGCUAAUAAUUUCAUGGAGUUCCUCUGGAUCACUUUCUGGAAUUGCUGAUGUAACUGUUUUCAGAAGCGUUUUAAGUGUCUUUAUAACUGCAGCCCUACUCAACUUCAUAAAAGUGACUUUGGAUAUAUGUCUUACUAUCCAAGCAUGGGGGAAUAUGGAGUGGACGCAAAUAAUCAGAUACCUACUAAAAUUCUUUGUGGCCAUUGCUUGGAUAAUAAUUCUUCCAGUAACAUAUUCAAGUUCCAUUAAAAAUCCAUCUGGUGCUGGCAAACUGCUGAAUAGUUGGACACGGAAUUGGUAUAACCAGUCAGUAUAUAAUGUCGCAAUUGUCAUAUAUAUGGGCCCGAACAUUUUGGCUGCCUUGCUUUUCUUGUUGCCACAACUUCAAAAUGUCAUGGAACGCUCAAAUUCGCGUGCAUUUAUUCUUCUUAUGUGGUGG